AUGCUCCCCUCCCUCGCCCACGGCCGCGCCGUGCACGCUCUCGCCGUCCGAUCCUGCGCUGCGUACGCCGACGCCUUCGUGGCCGCCGCGCUUGUGCAGAUGUACGCGAAGUGCGGCGACAUGGUUGCCUCUGUCAACGCGUACAAUGCGUUCGAGAAGCCGGACAUGGUCCUCCGGACUUCCGUGGUGACCGGGUACGAGCAGAACGGGAUGGCGGAGGAGGCACUGGAGUUCUUUGCAAGGAAUGUGGUUGGCCAGGGCGUCUUGCCAAGUCCAGUCACUCUUGUGAGUGUGGUCUCGGCAGCGGCUCAGUUCAGGGAUGUCCGAAAUGGGCAGGCCUGCCAUGCCUUUGUUCUCAGGAAUGGCUUUGAGUAUGACUUGGCUCUGGUGAAUGCUAUUCUUGCCUUUUACAUGAGGAAUGGAGCACCGCAAGAUGCCAGGAGGUUGUUCGAGGGAAUGACGGAGAGAGACGUCGUCACAUGGAGCUGUAUGGUCACAGGAUAUGUUCAAUUGGGAGACUCCUGUGAAGCAUUGAGCGUUUAUAAGAAAAUGGUUCAGGCUGGAAUGAAGCCAAAUUCAGUUACUGUGGUUAGUGUUGCGCAGGCUUGUUCGCUUGCUCUGGAUGUUGAAGAAGGUCAGAGUGUGCAUGACAUUGCUGUGAAGAUAGGGUGUGAACUUGAGAUGACAGUUGCAACUGCGCUGGUUGAUAUGUACAUGAAGUGCUCGUGCCAUGAGAAGGCAAUGCAGUUAUUUUGCCGGAUGCCAAAGAAAGAUGCAGUAGUUUGGGCAGCGGUCAUUAGUGGUCUUACCCAAAAUGGUCUCCCUGAUGAGUCGAUGCGAGUGUUCAAGUGCAUGUUGUUGGAUGGUCCUGUCCCUGACGCUGUCACUAUGGUGAAGGUACUAGCUGCAUGCUCGGAGUCUGGUGUUUUGCGUCAAGCCUUUUGUCUUCAUGGUUAUGUGGUUAACACUGGUUUCAGUGAUAAGAUAUUUGUGACAGCUGCACUUGUGGAUUUGUAUUCAAAAUGUGGGAACUUGGGUAGCGCUGUCAAGGUGUUUGAAAGUGCCACUGAAAAGGAUGUUGUGACAUGGAGCUCAAUGAUUGCAGGUUAUGGAGUCCAUGGCCUUGGGCAGCAUGCUGUUGCCUUGUAUCAAAGGAUGGUUGCCUCAUCAGUAAGACCUAAUAGCCAGACAUUUGUAUCUCUGUUAUCGGCUUGCAGCCACUCUGGACUUGUGCAGGAAGGAAAGUCCAUUUUUAAAAGCAUGACUCAGGUUUAUGGAAUUACGCCAAAUAUAGAGCAUCGUAGUGCCAUGGUUGAUCUCCUUGGCCGUGCCGGUGAAUUUCAUGAGGCUUCAGAGCUCCUUUAUGAAAUCGGUGGGACAGCUGAUGCUCAUACUUGGUGUGCCUUGCUUGCUGCCUGCAGAACACACCGUGCCACAGAUAUGAGUGAAGUGGUAUCUGCCAAACUGCUCAAGCUGGAUCCUGACCAUGUUGGCUACUAUAAUCUCUUGACCAAUAUAUAUGCAUAUGAUGAAAAGUGGGACAGUGUAAAAGAGACUAGAGGCAUUAUCAGAGACAAAGGUUUGAAAAAAGUGCCAGGUAUUAGUGCAGUAGAGGUCAAUAAUGUAAUGCACACAUUCACAGCUGGGGAGAGGUCACACCAAGAUUGGAAGAAGAUUUCUACAUUGCUCUGGGAGUUGUCACCAAAGUUGAGAGGCGAUGAUUGUUUCUUUCAGUUGGACACUCGUAUGGUAUUUUCAGAUUUGUGAUCUUCUCUGAAUUGAAAAUACUGUCUUUACCCGCAAAAAAGAAAAAGAAAACACUGUCUUCGAAUGCCUUUCACUUGCUGGUGGGUUUCUAGAAGAGUGUGACGAACAGACAACAUAUGUUAGGUAAUAAUUUCAAUUUAUAACAAAAAAAGUUUCAUAAUAGCCAAUUGCAACCUAGUUUUGCACUAAUUGUAACAUUUUGUAUGUAGUAUAGACACUUCAAGAAGUGUAUAGCUGUAUUUCUCUUCAUAUAAAGAUCAGCUGAGUACGUUUUGUGGAUUUCUCAACUUAUUGAUGGUCAGAGCAUGGAAACCUUGUACUAUGAUUAAAGAAGCUC